AUGAAAUCGUCAUCCAACGGCAAGUCCCCAGCCCCAGCAGAGGCCUCGACCAGCAGCCCCAAGCCCGACGACCUCAAGGCACAGGUGGCAAAGCUCGUCGCCGAGGGCAAGAAGGCGAUCGCGCUCAAGCAGUGGGAAGAAGGCGUGGCCAAGUAUGCCGACGCGCUCGACAUUCAGCGCCAGCUGGUUGGCGACUUUGACCCCGCGAUGGCGCCCCUCCUCCUCUCGUACGGACGCGCGCUGUACGAGCUCGCCCUGUCCCAGCAGGGCGUGAUGGGCAAGGAGGAGGUGGCCAAGGGCACAGAUCCUGCGGCGCAGAGCGAGCAGCCCGCGGCUGGGCCCUCGUCGGGCAACUUUGUGUUCGAGGGCGACAGCCCCGAUGAUGACGAGGAGGAGGAGGAGGGCGACGCGGCCGAUGGCGAGGACGAGGCGCCAGCCGCGGGUGGCGACGGCGAGGGCGAGGACGGCGACCUCGAGGACGACUUCAACGCCGCGUGGGAGGUCCUCGACGUAGCGCGCACCAUCUACACGCGUGCCGUUGAGGCCUUGCCAGCCGACCAGGGCAAGGACGACCGCCUGCUACUCUCCGAGUGCUACCUCACUCUGGGCGACAUUAGCUUGGAGACGGAAAACUUCCCCCAGGCAGUGCAGGACUACACCGAGGCCGUCAAGAUCAAGUCUGCCCUGCUGCCUGCGUCGUCGCGCGCCCUCGCAAGCGCGCACUACCAGCUCGGCACGGUGCUGGAGUUCACGCCUGCCGGCCGCUCCGAGGCCCUCAAGCACGUGCAGCUUGCGCUCGACGGGUUCAAGCAGCGCGAGACCGAGCUCAAGUCCGGCGAGACCAAGUCCGAGGACAUUGCGCGCCUGAACGCCAAGGAGCGUGACGCCGAGGCCAAGGACGUUGCGGCCCUGAUUGGCGACCUCGAGGUCAAGAUUGACGAGCUCAAGGCCGCGCCCCCAGCCGCCGACUUUGUGGCCGAGAGCAUCAACCACCUGCUGGGUGGCGUGUCGUCGAGCGCUGCGCCCGUUGCCGACUCAGGGCCCGUCAACGACCUCACAAGCAUGGUGCGCAAGAAGGCGCCGAAGAAGGCCGCGCCGGCGCCAGCGCCCGCAAAUGGCGAUAAGCGCAAGGCGGAUGAGCAGCCCGGCAGCGCAGAGAAGAAGGCACGGGCCGAGUAAGGCUGGGCCGCUGAGCCGCUGAGACGUCACCUGUGAUCCCUAGCUUUUGUGUCUCAUGUAUAC